UACUUCCGGGACUGUCAGAAUCCUGUGAUCCUUAUACCUGGGACUGUCAUAUCCAGUGAUCCCUACACCUGGGACGGUUAGAACCCUGUGAUCCUCAUCCCCCUUCUGGACUGUCCCUCAGAUGAGUGGUGUGGACCUGUUGCAGUGACUGGGACUUGUCUGCCUUGCUGUUUGGUCCUUUGUAGCGGAGAAGUGAAGCUGUGGGAUUACUAUGUUUGACAAGAGGAGGAUCCCCUUUGUGGCCCUGGACAUAGUGUGUGUGAUUCUGGCUGGCCUGCCUCUGGGCGUUUUAAAGCUGAUCACAAAAAAGCCGUAUCAGAGAGGGUUUUUCUGUAAUGACGACAGCAUCAAGUAUCCCUUCCAUGACAGUACCGUCACCUCUACUGUACUCUACACAGUAGGCUUCACUGUGCCCAUAUGCUCAAUGAUUUUAGGAGAGGCGUUGUCCGUAUAUUAUAAUCAGUUGCAGUCUAAUGGCUUCAUCAGGAAUCAGUAUGUAGCAACCAUUUACAAAGCCAUCGGGACAUUCAUCUUUGGAGCCGCAGCCAGCCAGUCACUAACCGAUAUCGCCAAGUUCACUAUAGGUCGCCUCAGGCCUCACUUUCUGGAUGUUUGCAAACCCAACUGGUCCAAGAUCAACUGCAGUGCCGGCUACAUUGUGAACUUUGUAUGCGAAGGGGAUCCUGUGAAAUCCAGCGAGGCUCGGCUGUCCUUCUAUUCGGGUCAUUCCUCCUUCUCCAUGUACUGCAUGCUCUUCCUAGCACUUUAUCUUCAGUCCCGCAUGAGAGGAGAUUGGGCCAGGCUUCUCCGUCCCACCCUCCAGUUUGGGCUCAUUGCUUUAGCCAUCUAUGUUGGUCUUUCCAGAGUCUCUGACUACAAGCACCACUGGAGUGACGUCCUCGUUGGCCUCAUCCAGGGAGCCAUUGCGGCUGUUCUUAUUGUUGUGUUCGUGUCAGAUUUUUUCAAAGACAAGAAGGACAGCUUAAGUCCCAAAGAGGAGGAUUCACACACCACGCUGCAUGAGACGUCAACCAAUGGGAACCACUAUGGAAGCAGCCACCAGCCAUGAAGCCACUUCUGCUGCCUGCAUUCUGCUUUCACCCCAAACCAUUGACUGUCUCCAUUACAUAGCCUUCAGGACUAAACAACACAGGAAGUUUUAAUUUCAUGCUGAGCGAUUGAAUCCACUGGUUGGCAGGCACUUUACCCCAGUCUGAGUGCUGUAUAUAAGACUACUGCCAGCAAGAGCUUCCAUGGCUUCCUAGCAUGAGACUAAAUCUGCUUGUGUAGGGAAGUCCUUUGCCUUCAUUGCUGGAGACGCUGACCCUGCAUGGCACUCUAGCACGUAAUAUGCAUCUGUUGCCUAUACACUGUGGUAGAAGCCAUUCUGUGAGCUAAACAGACAUUGGUAAGAAUGCAGCCUGGCCAGUCAGAGCCCUCCAAUAGCGGAAGAACACGCUGCAGGAUUUCAAAUGUCAGCUCGGCAUACAUGGUUCCUUACACUGUGCAUAGGAGACUCAUGCUAUGGACUGCUGCUGCUAUACCUGUCAGAUGCCCACUUUGUAUAUAGUUAUAAAGAUCACCUUUUUAUGUAUAUGUUAUAGCUUUAAAAUAAAAUUGUUUAAUGCUUUUUAUCAAUUAUACAGACACACAAUACAAAAAUGUGAUAUUCAAAUUGUACAUUUUUUUUAUUAAAAUAGUGUGGUAAUGGUAUGUACAAACAUUUAUGUCAUAUGGCUCUGCACAAACAUUGCUUGGAUCUGCAAACCUGUAACACCAAAACAUUAAAAAGGUUUAUAACAAAAGUACGUCUUCCACUGGU